CCCCAUUUUUAAAUGCCCCUAACGAAUUAAAACCGUUGACAUGUGCUCCUCGUAAAUAACAAGAGUCGGAGUGGUUCGAUUAGAUAAAAAGUAUCAACAAAGUAGUGAUUAACAGAAUCAGUCCUCGAUUCCCAACGAACCAACCGAGAAGUGAAGUGACUGCAGACCAAUAUCACUAAUUAUUAUACUCUCUGGUACCUUGUCGUACUUCUGGGGCUUUAAAAAUGCCAACACGAGCUGUUGACGUCGAGAUAUGUCAAAGGAACGAAAGCACUCUCAACAAUGACAGAAUAACUGAAUUAGUCCACUUAGAGUUGAUGAGACUGGAGCAAGUGGACGUGGACAUUCCAAUUUCAACAAAUAAUUCACCGAUUGAACUUUUGAGGGAUCAUGUGGCUUUCGUCAGUUGUUGCUUCAGAAAUAAUGGCAAGGACACUAAAGACAAAAUUGCAAUUAGUGACAGUGGGCCCUUCAGAUACUUUAUCUACAGGCUGGCCCUGGAAGAGGUGUCCACUGAGACAAUGCAGGCCGAUUCUGAGGAGCUCCCAGUCUCGUCUCACUGGAUUCUACCAGCUGCAGAAUUUAAUGGGCUGUGGGAAAACCUUUGCUACACAACAAAAAUCAAGGAAAACCUUUUGAAUUUCAUCGAAACAACGAUGCUCUUCUCGGAAAAGAAUGUAGAUCCCAACAUCAUCACCUGGAACAGAGUUGUUCUUCUCCAUGGGCCUCCAGGCACCGGAAAAACUAGUUUAUGCAAAGCUCUAGCUCACAAAGCUGCAAUUCGACUGAAUAAAUAUUUUCCUCGAGGAGAACUAGUCGAGAUAAACAGCCACAGUCUAUUUUCAAAGUGGUUUUCUGAGAGUGGUAAAUUAGUGAUGAAGUUAUUUAACGGGGUGAAAGAGCUCCUGGACGAUCCCCAGGCACUCGUAUGCAUCCUGAUUGAUGAGGUGGAGUCGUUGGCACAUGCCAGAAAGUCAUGCACCAGUGGAUCUGAACCCAGUGACGCAAUAAGAGUCGUCAAUGCGCUUUUGACGCAGCUGGACCAGUUGAAACGUUACAGAAACGUUCUUAUAUUGACGACAAGCAAUGUGACAGAGGCAAUAGACUUGGCAUUCGUGGAUAGGGCUGAUAUCAAGCAGUUCAUUGGGCACCCUGAGCCCAAGGCUAUUUAUCAGAUUUAUUCGUCGUGUUUGAAGGAGUUGAUGAGGGUAAAUUUUCUGGAGUCCUUUGAGAUUCAACCCUGGGAGGUGUACGACUGCAUUGGAGACGUCUCAGAUCCGAUCUACGAAUGUAUAUCAUCGCAUGGCAAGACGACCGUCAAUUUCCGCAAUUUAAUCUACACGAGUGUGGGCCUGAGUGGUCGGGCCCUGCGGAAAGUUCCGUUUUUGGCGCACGCAUUGUUCACUGAUAACACCGAGACAUCAAAUUUCGAUGAUUUCCUAGGGGCUAUGAUGAUGGCCGUGAAGAAGCAGAAGGCCGAUGAAUUGCAAUUGUAAUUUUAUUUACAUUUUUUAAACAAGAAAUUGUGAAUCUCGUCAUCUAUUUUUGUAUUGAUUGUGUAUUAAUCAUGAAUUAAAAUGAGAGAGAUCUAUUGAAUAAAAACAUCUGCACUCGA